GGCCGGCUCGCCGCCCGCGCCCAGCCUCGGCGCCAGCCGGCACAGUCUAAUCGAAAUGAUGACAUGCCGGCUGGGCUCACGGCGGCUGGGUGGGUCCCGUGGCUCGCUCCAGGCGGGUACCUGCACCGCCGCUAGCGAGCUAGAUCUGUCCUCGCGUUCACGACGGGCACACAAAGCUAGAUUAAAAUUGCUGGGUACUAGCGGGGAAGCGCCGCUGCUGAGCGGGUGGCGUAGUACGCCGCACACGCCGCAUGCCCCCGCCACCCCCGCGCCGCACCACUCACACAACCACCUCGCACCGCCCCACUGCAACGGCACAGAUAGCGGUAGCAGAGGAGGUCUCCGGCGGCGUUCAACAUACGCUAGUGGUCGACUACGCUCGGGACCGCACUGGUCGUUCGUGUUCGAUCCGGCCGGCCGCUUGUGCUACUAUUGGUCCAUGGUUGUUUCCCUUGCCUUCUUAUACAACCUUUGGGUCAUCGUCUAUAGGUUCGCCUUCCAGGAGAUUAAUGGGGAGACGCUAAUAGUGUGGUUCUGUUUGGAUUACUUCUCGGACUUCCUGUACUUGGCGGACAUAUUGUUUCACUUUCGAACGGGCUACUUAGAGGACGGCGUGCUACAAACAGACGCGGCGAAACUCAGAGCGCACUACAUGAACUCUACAACGUUUUACAUAGACUGCCUCUGUCUCUUGCCUUUGGACUUCCUCUACCUGUCUAUUGGCUUCAACUCAAUACUCCGAUCGUUUCGCCUCGUUAAAAUAUAUCGUUUCUGGGCAUUCAUGGACCGUACCGAGCGACACACGAACUAUCCAAAUUUAUUUAGAUCUACCAGUUUAAUUCAUUAUUUAUUAGUGAUAUUUCAUUGGAACGGGUGCUUGUACCAUAUAAUAUAUAAGAACAAUGGGUUCGGUAGUAAAAACUGGGUGUAUCAUGACACAGAGACGGCGGACGUGGUGAAACAAUACCUACAAAGUUAUUAUUGGUGUACGUUGGCGCUUACAACAAUAGGUGACCUACCACGGCCGCGAAGCAAGGGGGAGUAUGUGUUUGUAAUAGCGCAGCUUCUGUUCGGGUUGCUAUUGUUUGCGACAGUACUGGGGCAUGUUGCCAAUAUCGUCACUUCGGUCAGCACCGCCAGGAAAGAAUUCCAGGCGAAACUGGAUGGAGUGAAGACGUAUAUGCGAAUGCGCCGGGUGCCAACCCACUUGCAAGUAAAGGUGAUUAAGUGGUUUGAUUACCUGUGGCUCACGCAGAAGUGUUCCGACGAGGAGAAGGCGGUUUCUUGCUUACCAGAUAAACUUAAGGCAGAGAUUGCUAUAAAUGUCCACUUGGAUACUUUAAAAAGGGUGGAAAUCUUCCAAAAUACGGAAGCGGGAUUUCUGUGCGAGCUGGUGUUAAGACUUCGGCCUGUUCUAUUUUCACCGGGAGAUUAUAUCUGCAGGAAAGGCGAAGUUGGCAAGGAAAUGUAUAUAGUGAAUCGAGGGAAACUGCAGGUGGUAGGCGAUAACGGCAAGACGGUGCUAGCAACACUCAAGGCGGGUUCUUAUUUUGGCGAAAUUUCCAUUCUGAACAUGGGCACGGCAGGUAAACAACUUGGAAACCGGCGGACAGCAUCGGUGCGGUCCGUCGGGUAUUCGGAUCUGUUCGUGCUCAGCAAGAAGGACAUGUGGGACGUGCUCAAGGAGUACCCCGCAGCGAGGGUUCGCCUAGAGGCUAUCGCUGUCAAGAGACUUGAGAAGUAUAAGAAAGCACCCUUAGAAAAAGUUGCAAUGGGCCGCUGCCAAUCUACGCCUGGGCUCGUCGAGACGAGCGGGCGAGUGCCUAUUGAGGAGAUGCAGCUCCCACCUGCACAGGCACCACUGCCGAUGCACCCUUCACACCCGCCUUCCUACCGGGACCAGCUUUAUAGUUCGUCAGUAAGUCCUCUUCGUGUAGCAUCCCCUGUAGCGUCAUGUGCAUCUAGUGCCCGCAGCAGCGCCGCGGGUGGUGGUAGCGUGGCGGCGGUCAGCAUGGCGCCACGAGUACUCCUCGACUCGCACGAUGCUCUCGAGUGCGAGAUUAAACGGUUGCGCGAGCGAUUGUACACUGUCGAAACGGAAAACGCCGCGAUGUCUGCUAAGCUCAGUCAACAACAAUGGGAAGUUGACCAGAGGCUGCAAGAAAUUGAAAUGCAGAUCUGUGGUGGCAGUUCACUAAGCUCGCAGGAGGAGAAUGAGCGGAACCGCGAGAGCAUCAUUUAACAGCGCGCCUCACCCGAGCCCUCGCGGCCGCUGCCCCCCUUGCCUGUGCUGCAGUCCUCCGCCGUGUGCUGAAAUCCCCAGCAUCUCCCUGUGACCCCCAGUGACCCCCUGUAGCCGCCGCCGUGCCCGCAUGGGCCACUAGCCGUUAUUCUACUCUAGUGACUUGUGUGAACUUCGAAUGUACAAUCAAGACGUAGUGUUUUUAUGAUGAAUAAUAUUAUUAUGGAAUAUUUAAAUACGAAUUAACUUUAUCAAAUUUAUAUAUACGUAGUAUAUACGACUCGCUAAUAUUUGACGAGUCUCGUGGAGUGAGAUUUUGCCAAGACAAUAUUAUCUUAAAAUUAAAUUGUUUAGAUACAUCGAGGAGUGUGGAGUGCGUGAUGAGCGUGAUCGCGCGGCGUGUCGGUGCUGAUGCGCCUACCUUCGAUAAAUCACCGGUUGGAUUAUGUGAUCAUUAGCUGCAAAGAUAUUGAAAGUAACAGUUUUACCACAGUUUUCCAAUGGUACUUACAAAACAGUCGGUAUCAAUCUGUUUCAAUCUAGAGUUGUUAGCAAGUGAGGUACAUAGUCCAGCCGCAUUUGAUAUGUUCGUGCAUAUUUAGUCCUAAAGGGCGUCUGUUUGGUUAAUACAUUAGCGGCUGUAUGUUGUGCAUACCUCGUGUCUACAUUAUUUUACCUGCGUUUAGUUUAUACAAUGGCUGAGUUUACAACAGUUGCAUUUAUUUAUAAUUAUAUUAAUAAUACGUGACAUUGUUUUUGUUUCAAUAUGUAGUAGCAAUUUGUUCUCAUUUAUUGAAGUUUGUGUACAAAAGUUAUCCUAUAUCGUAUAAUCACUAAAUAAAACUAUGUGCCAAAUAUGUGGCUAAAGUGAAUGUGUUAAGGAUAAGAUUUUUGCGUUAACUCAUGAAUAGAGGAAUGGAUAUGUUUCUAUAUCCAUUCAAUUUGAGCUUUAAUUAUAAUAAAAUCCAGGAAGACUUGAUCAAGUUUUUUAUAAUUACAUUUCAGUUGAUCCUUUGUUAUUAUUAAAACAGUUUAGGAUAUAGUUCUUUCUUCGUCAAUAAAUUUGGUAUAAUCUAAGUAUAUUCGUGAAAUAUGACAUUCUGAUGCAGUUUUGCCCAUUGUAAUAACAUAAAUCGACCAUAGUAUGUUGUAACUUGUUAUAUAUAAAAGUGAAUUAUUACCUUUGUAUUAAGGAACGUAGCUUAAAACUGAUACUUAAGUCAGUUUUGGUAAUUUAAAAAUCACUACUGCCAAAUAAGAUAUAAGUAGAUAAAACAAAACGUUUUAAUGUAAAGAUAUUACCAAGUGACUAAAGAAUGUUUUGUACUUAAUAUCCUUUCUAUUCACCUAGUUUGUUUACGAGAUCGUUACGUGACAUUCAUGUGUCUACAUAAGUGAAUUUUAUUGUUAAAGCUUUGGAAUUCAUUUGAUUGAGUAAUUUAUUGUGCUCUAAUAUUAUUAUAAUAUAUGACAAAGUCAAAGUACCAAAAUGUGAAGACAUAAGUAAAUUCAGCAGUAAGUAAAUUGUAAAUAUUUAUUCUGAUAUAUACGAUACGUGUUUAUAAGCUGUUUUCAUUGAUAUGAUAUUGAUUUAAAAGCCACGAGUUAACCGAUGUGAAGUGUUGACGGAUAUGGGAAAGUCGGCAAGAAAAGGAUUUAUAUUUUGUUUUUAUGGUAAACAUGACACGUGUAGUUACUUUCUGUUGGUAUGUAAAUAUAUAUACAUAUAUAUACAAACGGUGUCGAUUUUAGAAGAACUUUUCUAUAUGAA